UUACCGAUUACCCUAUUACCCUUGAAUUAAUUCUUUGAGUUCGCCUCGAGUUUCAAGUAAAUCCCUGAAACAAACGAUCUCGCGCGUAGAUAUAUAAACUUGCCUAAACAAACGACUUCCUUUUUCCCAUGUUGCCCUUCUGAAACGUCCCGGGACAGUUCGAAGUAUCGAUAACGAAGCACUUCUCUCAUACUCCAUACAUUCCAUGGUGCCUUGUCCCAUGAAUCUUUACCCAGUGUUUACAAAUAAUUGUCGUUGCAGUCGAUAAAAUACGACCGCAUACAUUUACAUUAGGACGAAUCCCUCGGAGACUGAGUCAUUCAGUGCAGUCGACACGAGUUCCAUCGAUCUGCCAGUCGAGCGAGACUGCUCGCAUUGAGAGGGUUGCUGCUUCUAUUGCGUUCCAUUUCGAGCGAUUCGUUGGUACCGGUUUGAAAAUAAAAAAAGAUAUUCUUUUUGUUUUAAAUAUAACGUAGUUAACAAUAAGUGAGUACAGUGAUAAAUUUUUUUUUUUUAUUUUGUGAAAAAUACUUGUCAGAGGUUCUUUAACUUAUUUUUGUGAUGAUAAAUGAGAAUUGAAAGAUUGAAAAUUGUUUAAGUGAAGAAAGUGAAAAUUUUAUUACUUGUGACUGGAGGAUUCUUUCUUUUUGGAUGUUCUUGAUGGGUUGACAGAUCUUGAGAAACCUGUUGCUUCUAAUUUUGAUACGCGAUAAAUUUAACAUAAAGAAUAUGAAUUUUGUAUGAAGAUUGUUUAACAGAUGUUUUGAGUGUUAAAAUCAAUGAUUUUUGUCUAGUAUUAUAAACGAAAAAUAAAAAUUUAAGUGUUGCAUGCGAUCUGCAGUGUCAAAAUGACAGUUGCUUAUAACGACGGCAACAGCUCACGAUGCGCUCGCAUCGAAUCUGAAAAAUUGCGGCAGAGGACUCGGCAGGGUGCGCGGAAUCGAGUUUACUCGAAAACCAUAAUCUUUCCUAUGUUCCUGCGACACCGUUCGAAGGAAAUUGGAAUACUUGAAAAUUCAUCACAAGACAUGUCUCAAGUUCCUCUUAUCACAAACACGGAAACUGGUACAACAGAAUCCUCAGCCUCCAAUAUGGUGAUACUUGAGGCCGGUCCACCUGGUGAUACCUGGAGGUACUGCGUAGAAAGGGAACGACUUGCCGAAAAGUCCGAAUUGUUCCGUGCGAUGCUCGUUGGCCCGCUUGCACCUGCCCCAAGUGAUCCUCCGCCUCUCCUUCAGCUGCAACACGUGGAAAAACGUGCUUUCGAUCAUGUGCUCAGAAUAAAAAAAUGUCCAUCAAAAGUGUGGUUAAAAAUUCGAGUUCAACGAUACAGAUUAUCAGGCAAUUGUCUUCAGCCGUGUCGUUUCCUGUGCAGAUAUCUUCUCGACAAACCGAUAAACUUUCAAUCCGUGUCGACGGCUAGAGCUACCCUCGACGCGGCUCAUCAGUACCUUAAUCCGGACUUGGCACGCCUUGCCGUUGAGUAUCUCGAAAGUAAUUUGAACUCGAACACCGUGCUCGAAAUCUAUCAGGGUAUCAGCCUCUACGCGAACCAUGUAACUUCCGGUCUCAAUCAGACAUCCACGUUUGGCUCACCUACCGCACCUCCCACUCCUGGUGACGACGCUGGUGAAAUAGCUGCAGUGUGUACGCGACUUCUUCUGACUUGCCUGGAUGUAAUCGACUCGGACCCAGAGGCGGUUUUCAAUCAAGAACGUUUCGAAGAGUUGACCGCGGUUGAAGUUGAACAAUUAGCAUGCCGAGACACCCUGAGGUUGACAAACGAAUCGACCCUUUUUUCCGCAUUGGACAGGUGGGCUGCGUCCGAGUGCAGAAAACAGGGGGUGGAAUUAUCAUCCAACAAUAAAAGAACCGCACUGUCCGAUGAAGUCUGGUACAGUGUUCGGUACCCUCUUAUGAGCGACAGGGAGUUCAUCGAGGGUCCAAUGGCAAGCGGUAUUCUGACCAGCGAAGAAUGCGCCUUCAUUGUCACCAAAAUUUUGGGACAUACUGAAAAUCCAGAGGAAGAGGUACGUCUGCUCCUUCGAAAUUCGGUCAGCGGUCCACUGUCCAGGCUAUCGAGCACCCCAAGGAUCGGUGUUAGAACUUAUAAGGAUCAAAGUUGCAAAAUGUCGAAACCUGGAAAAAAGGAGUGUCAGGAUAAUCGAAAGAAUAGAAGAAAGGAGUGCGCAAACCAGGGACAAAGGACUUGUGCCAGAAUAGGCAACUGUCUGGUACGAGUUCUUGCCUGUAUUUUCGAUUGAACGACUUUCAAAGAAACGAAGAAACAUCGAAGAAAUUUACAGAUUGUUGAAUCUCCCACUGAGAAUGAACAUUUUUCUAAUACUUUCCUGAGUCUCUGCAAUUACUAUUGUACGUAAAAGUUUUAUGCUUAUUUGAAUUUUUCAAAGUCCACCGUGGGUUCCUGAAACCACAAAAUUCUUAUAUCUAAGAGAGUAGAUCUACGUAGAAGCUAUGGUUCGUCUCACAGAGCGUAGAUCUUCGGCUUUCGGUACCAUCGUUUUAAAUACUAAAAUUCGUACACAUCGCUGGUAUAUCAUUGAGAAUUCUUGUUAGACAGGUUUCUUUUAUUUAUUUUUUUUGCGAAUAAUCGACGAACGAAAGAGCUGAAAGAGGCUGAAAUUUUAAUCUUUAUAAUGAUUUUUUUUCUCUACCUCAAUGAGUUUUCAGAAAUAAUGUUCCUCCUCGCUGUUGGCGUAACUUGGACCUUCUUCUGGGGCGAGCCAGGUUUUUCAAAAAUUUAGAAAUUUAAAAAUUUUGGUAUUUUGAAGUUUUGAAAUGUUGGGAUCCUAAGUUUUAGAAUUGUGAAGGUCCAGAUUUUUAGGGGGGCCAAGCCCACCCUGGCCCCUACCUCGUUACCCCAAUGCUCCUCGCGUAAUAAUUUCUUAAGAGAGAUGAAAGGCUUUUAAACGAUUCAAAGGUGUUUACGUUCUACGAAAAUAAUUCUAUUACUUUUCUUUUAUGUCAGACUUUUCCUAUAUGUAAAAAUAUUUUCAAUAUUUUGCGACAAAGCCAAAGAAGAGAUUUACUUAGAACCACUGAACACGAUAGAAAUAUUUUUAUAACUGCGUUUUUAAAUUCGAAAAUCAUCAAUUUUGAAAGAAACUAUGGAAUAUAUUUUAAAAUAUGUAUAUAUCAUUUAUAGGAUCAAAUGAUACAAUCACGUAUUAGAAUAUUAUUGUCUUUAUAAUUAGGCUUCCUUCGUUAUUCUAAAUUCAAAAUUUUUAAUGCUUUUUGUGUAUAAGUCUCCAGAAACUGUUCAUAGUUUUUAUAUCUUAUGUAACGAUUGAAGACUGAAAAUUCUAAAUGAAAUGAAGCUACGAAUUAUUCACAGAGGCGAGUUUAAGUUUUUACCCUCCAAGUUAUCAUAAUCUUUAAUUAAAAAAGAGAGAGGGGAAUAGGGAAUAAUGAGUAAUUAAAAUACUAAAUUUGGGAGUAAUUUCUAAAGGUAUUUUUUAAAAUUUAUUCAUGCCAAUUUUAAAAAAAUUAAAUACUUAAAUUCGCCUCUCAUUAUUCGUGAGGAUAUCAGUGAAUAUAUUUAGAAUUUUCAGUUUUUUAGUGCCACUAUUAUCGUUAAUUGAGGCAUAGUCGCUACGUUUGUUGUGUUCAUAAUUGCUGUUCAGAGUAUAUAGCGUUUAAAUGAUGAGUUAUAUAGUGAAACCAUGGCUGGUCCGUGUGAAUGUGCGAUGUACAACAACACAGACAUGAUUUUUUACAAAACUUUUCUACUUCAUACUUUAUGCGAAUCACUAAUGUCUGCCUAUGUGAUUCAAAUACUUUUAUGCAUCUUUGAUGGUCAUCAUUGGCAUGAUCUUUUUGAGGUGUUAACAUCGAAUUAUACCAACACAAAUAUUGUACGAAAAAUCAUGUUAUAGGAGCGAAGUCUAUCGUUUUUGCGUUGAUAUUCCUAAUCUUUUAACUUGUACCUUGCGCCAUAUUUUGAAUGGUUGUGUAGGGAUGUGCUGUCGUUACCAUUUAUGUGUUAGACAUUAAAUAUCGUGUUGCUAUUUGAUCGAUUAAAUUUUAUUCGUUGCAACGUUGUGCUCUAAUUUCGUUCAGAUUGAAUGUUACCUUAAUAUGAGCGUCACUGAGUCUAUUGUGUGUUACUGAUUAUUUAUAAAUUGAUAGAUUAUUGCAACAUAAUUAUCUAUUCAAAUUGAUUAUUACGAGGCGGUUGAAAGUAAGAAAGUUCAUUUUAAAACGAAACAGCUUCUUUGUACAUGCGUGUCGUAAAUCUGUUAAUUCGUUUUAUAUUUUUCAUAACAGAAUAAUCUUUCUGUAUUAAGCCAAAAAAUAUUGACAAAUAAAUGCUACGUUUUAUGUA